AGAAUAAAGAGCCCGAUUCCCAGCCACACCAAGUACUUCUCUUCGUCUUCUCACCCCGAACGGAAGCAGGAGGCGGCGGCUGCAGGUGGAGCGGCGGCUGGGCGCUCGCCGACGAUGUACCCGGGAGAGGGAUCAUCCGCCAGCGUCGGGAAGGAGAGCAACACACAGUUCAACAUGGAGUGGCCAUUUGACUGUUUUCUAGAUGAACCAGGGCCAGUUCAUCAAGAAUGGCCAAUGAAUAGUCAAUUCGAUCUGAACUUAGAUUUGUGUUUUGACAGUCAGUUGAUCCGAAUCUGGACUGCAAUUUCCAGGGGUCAGAGAAGGAACCUAUUGAUCUGAAUCAGGAAGAACAUGGAGAGGCCUCAGACAAUGGAUGUGACUUUUAUAAAAGUGAUGAUUCUGGCUGUGGAAAUGUGAAUGUUGAUGGCCACAUUGAACUAGAACCAGACUUGUUUCCUGUUAGUGAUGCGGAUGUAGAUGAAGUGGAAGAUGUGGAGGAAUUAAACAAGGCAGAGAUGGCCAGUGCAGCAAGAAGGGCAGAAUCCAAGGCCAAAGCAACUAAGGCAAGAAUGUUGAAGCAAAGGAUUGCUGGAACAAAGGAAGAUGCUUUUGUGAUUAGUGAUAGCUGCAGUUCAGAUAUGAAGGACAUCAAUGAUUCAAGUGAUGACGAUGGAGUUCAGUUCAUUUCCCAAAGAUGUGUGUUGAAGAACAAGAGCAAAGCAAAGGCACUAAAGGACAGGGUGUAUUAUGAUGAGAAGGAAAAAGAUGCACAUGAGCAGUUAGAGGUGGAUAUGUGCUUUCUUAAUGUGAGAGAAGUCAGGAAGGCCAUUGAAGAUUAUCACAUUGCAUACACAAGGAACUUCACUUAUCUGAAAAAUAAUCAAGAGAGGGUGGUUGCUUGUUGCAGCUCAAGUGGGACAUGUUCUUUCAUGUUUGUCUCAUCUAUAAUAAAAGGAGAAAGCACACACUGUAUUAGGCAGCUCAAUCUGCCUCACACUUGUGGCACUAAUACUGACACCUCAAGGAUCAAUAGCGCAUGGAUUGCCAAGAGGUAUGAAGAUCUGAUUAGGAGUGAUCCAUUGAUAGAAAUCAGUGUCAUUCAAGAUACCAUCAUGAGAGAGCAUGGAGUGGAAAUAUCUAAGCAUAUGGCAUAUAGGGGCAAGAAUAAAGCUCUUGAAGCUGUCCAAGGAGAUGCAGAUUUGCAAUAUGCUCGUUUGAAAGAUUAUAUGCUGACUGUAAUGGAGAAUGUAGGAUCUAGAUGCAGUGUAGCAACAAUAAGACCUACUGGUGAUCCCCAAUAGAAUCCAAGGUCUCAUGGGCUCUUUUUUGGUUUACAUGCCCAACUGGAAGGGUUCAAGAAAGGAUGCAGGCCUUUUAUUGGUAAGCACAUCAAUUCUCAUUCAAAUACAAAGAACAAUACAAUCUCCGAUUAAUGGCAAACAAAGUGAAGAACAGAACAUGCGGUCACCUCAUGUGGCCACAUAUAUGCAGACCGACAGCUCACAGUAGCACUGCUUCUGCAGCUCAGUCUCCUCCCGAUUGUAAUCCAGAUCCCUAAUGCAAUUUGGCCAUCCAUCCUAUCCCUCGAAAGAUUGAACACCAAAUCUCAGAGGCCAGGCCUUCGAAAUUUCACGACUGAACAAAAAUCCCCAAAUCCGAUGGAUUCCGCAAACCCUAGCGUACCUCAACUGACCGUCCGCCUCCUUCGGAGUCGCUCGAUUCUUACCGGCAGUGGUUGAGGAAGUUGUAUCCUCCAGCCUCGACGGCAUCCUCCGCCUCGCCUUCGUCUGAAUCGUCGGAGGUUGCAGGGUGCUCGGGAGAAUAGAGACAGGCGAGGAGAAAUAAGCCGAUCCAAACUUUUAAAAAAAAAUAAGCCGAUCCACGCUGGCAACGACGUGGCGCCACGUUCGCACUGAUGAGUGGGCCCCACCGGUCAGAAUGGUCAUUAGCGCUCUGAAAUUUGGGUUAGGACUUAUUUUCAACGGAUUAACCCAAUAGUAGGUGUUUUGCGCAAAAAAGCUGAAUAGUGGGUGUUCUUCGCAACAACUGGAUGAA